UUUUUACUAUAUGCUAUUUUGUCAAUUUUGUUAUUUUUUUUUGAAAUUUCUUUAUAUUUGCCCCUUCUCAAAUUUCCAAUACAUAUAAUUUUGCCCCCGUUCAUUUAUAUUCCCGGAUCCGUCCCUGACGCAUUCAAUUUGCAGCCAUGGCCAAAGCACCAUUAACGUUCUCACAAAUCCUCCUCCUCUCCUUAGCCAUUUCCAUCCCAUCAUUAAACUCCCAAGAAUUCGCCACAAAACUCUCCAAGAGAGAGAUGGGGAUGAUCAAGAGAGAGGAACUAACUCACCUCCACUUCUACUUCCACGACGUCAUCGGCGGCAGCAAACCGACGUCCGUGGUGGUGGCGCAGGCCGCCACCACGGCCUCGGACCCCAACAGGUUCGGCGAGGUGCUGGUCGUGGACAAUCGGCUGACGGUGGGGCCGAACCUGAGCUCGAGGGCGGUGGGCCGAGCUCAGGGGAUGUACGCGUUGUCCGAUAUGGGCGACGCGGGGGAUUUAGUGGUGUUCAAUUUGGUGUUCGCCGAGGGGAGGUUCAACGGCAGCACGCUGACCGUGGUGGGGCGGGACGCGGUGCUAUCGGCCGAGAGGGAGGUGCCGGUCAUAGGCGGCACCGGGGUUUUCCGGUUUGCGAGGGGGUAUGCGAGGACGAGGACACAUUUGCUUGAUGUGAAAAGGGGAUAUGUUGUGGAGGAGUAUCAUGUCUAUGUCUUCCAUUAUUGAUUCUCAUGCUUAUGGGAUGUAUGUGUAUGUCAUAUUGUCAGUUUGUGUUACAACUUACAACUUACAACUUAUAUAUGAAUAUAAUGGAUAAUCUUGUACUCCACCUUGUUUGUUGUAGUCCGACAAAUUUAUAUGCUAUAAUUUGGUUGUACUAGAA